AUGAAGAAAUCAUCUCGCCGUUACAAGCGACCUCUUGGUACAAGGUGGGUUGCACAUCAAAGUGAUGCUCUCGAAGCUUUUUUGCAUAAUCUGGAUCUACUUCUUGGCUACUUGAACAACCAAAUCGCUGAUCCAUAUAAUACGACAAUGAAGAAAGAGACUCCUCGUUUAGAAGGUGUCCUAGCCUCGUGCUCUGACACGAUCACACUUAUAUUUCAAUGUGUAAAAGUUGAUCUUCUGAAGUUGAUUAGGCCGACAUCGCUUGUUCUGGAAUCCGUCUCAAUCUUAUUGCCGGAAGCCAUCACGACAAUCGGCGUUACACUGAAGAAAGUAAAAAAGCUAAUGCGGAAGUUGAAUGAAAACGGGGUGGAUGCUUUACGAGAUGAGUCGUUAUUUCCCACUCUGAAGAACGACUUUUUACCAUCACUUGAUUUUGACGAAGAAAGUAUCAGUCUUGGAAGAAGCACUCGCAAAGAUCCUGCUUACACUGGAGUAACAACAUUUGCUGGGUACACCUUAAACCGUGGAAACCUAGAAAAUGCGCUUAGCAAAGUUUACGAUGAUGUGAUGUUAGUCCUUCCGGCUUUAGAACUUGCCCUGGACAAGCGCCUUUCAUUUCUUGCCAAUGAUCCUAUCCUUUCUUCAGCUGCAGUUCUACUUGAAACAACAGCUUACCAAAACCGCGAUGAAGAAGAUAUGGUGCAACCCUGCGAAGUGUUGGCGGAACACUUUCGACAGUCCCUUGAAGCAAACGGAUAUGUACAACAACGUCUUUGUGAGUUUCCUUUUGUUCAUUUUAUAAUUUUUUUUAGUUUUUCUAUAUCUAUAAUUUUGCAUAUCCUAAUCCCUACACUGAUGUUUUUGUUUAAGCUCAUGAAAUCACUAUAUUACAUGAUCACAUCACGAAAUUCUUACCGAAUGUUCCGCCACAAAAGUGCUGGCAGCAGAUCUUUCAGCUGAAAGACAGGCUCAACAUUCACAACAUCGUCCAGUUAGUGGAAAUUGGGAUUGUGCUGCCCAUUUCAAACGCCGAAGUAGAGAGAGUGUUUUCACCUUUCGCAAAGGUGAUGAGAAGAGAUCGGUAGGUGAUAUUAAUUUUUGUUAAAUUACUGUAACAGUUAUGGACCAUCUUUUUCCCGUUUUGAUUAACCUUUACCUUACGACCAGCUUGUUUCCAUGCAAGAGUUUCUGCGAAGCCUUCUGUUAUGAAUUUAAAGGCUAAAUUAAUUUUUUUCAGGCUCGCAUUGAAAAACGAUACGCAAGAGGCAAUCCUUCGUGUUCGUAAUGACAACGAUUUCAGCAAAAGACGAUAUGACCGAGCAGUGAACAUGUUUAUGACUGAGUUUCCCAAUGGUGACAUCAUGCAGGAGAAGCGUCGACUCGCUGGUUACAAGCCACACAAGAAAAAGCUAACAAGAAAGAAGUCGCCAAAACUGGUGCCGUUGACAGAUAGCGACACUGACGACACUGACUAUGACAGUAGUUCAGAAAGGCACGUUAUCGAAGAUGAAGAAGAAGAAAUGGAGUCUAGUAUAAAUCUUUCAGACAUUUCUAGCGAUGAUGCUGAAUGGACCUCUUCAUCAGAUUGA